UCCUAUUCCGUUAUAUUUUACAAAAUCACCCAAUCAUAAAGAGUUUAUUCAUUCUCCCGAAGACAAUUUAAUAAUCAAUGAAGAAUAUCAGAUUUGUCUAAAUUAAGAAUUAAUAAAAGUGCUGACAUGUUUCUUAAAACAAGGCGUGGGUCUAUUGAUAUAAUACUCUUUAUCUAUCUUGAUAUACCAUGAUAAUACAAAUAUCAUAUAAAGGGAUAUCCAUGACGAUUAGAAGAGUCAUUGCUAGAAAACAAUGUCAUCACGGAAACACUAACUUCUAGAACUAUACAUAGCUGGUACAAAACAAAUGUUUCCUAUAUAAACAGACUACAUUGAUAUCAGUAUCAGAAUUAACUUUAAUACGGAUCAAGAAAGACACAGAUUGAAACUUGUAGUAUCUUACCAGGACGCGAACAGUAUAAUUUACAAGGGAAAAAUCAUGUUGCAUAUCGUAUUGGUUGUUCUAGUAUUAUUACAUCAAACAAAUGGACAUGCCCGUUUGAUCGAUCCACCGUCCAGAGCGUCCAUGUUUAGAUUUGGAUAUAAUACUCCUCCGGAUUAUAAUGAUAACCAAGGAUUUUGCGGUGGAAAAGAAAGACAGCAAAAGAAUAAUGGACAAUGUGGGGUCUGUGGUGAUCCCUGGGAUGCAGCAGUAAAGCCUCAUGAAGCAGGGGGUAUUUACGCAACGGGACAAAUUGUUCGAACCUACAAGACUGGAGCCCUUAUAACAGCCACUGUCCAGGUCACAGCAAAUCAUAUAGGAUAUUUUGAAUUCAGAAUAUGUGUUAAUAAUGACGUUACUAAACCAGCAACACAUGAGUGUUUUAAUAAGCAUUUGCUUGAACUUGGAGAUAGACCUGGGAGCAAGUUUUACAUUGAUAAAAAUAAUGGCGAUAAAAAGGUUUCUCUUAAGCUCCCUGAAGGUGUCGUCUGCUCACAGUGUGUAUUUCAAUGGAGAUACCGUGCCGGUAACAGCUGGGGAACUGAUCCUAACGGUAAAUCUUGUGUAGGAUGUGGAGCACAAGAAGAAUACUAUGCCUGUGCGGACAUUUCUAUUGUGUCGGGCGGUUUGGUGACAGGGUCUCCUGUAGCAGGCGUUACAAUACCAACAAAGUACCCCGCAACCAGUGUUACGGUACCUACCAAAUCCUCAGUAGUCAGUGCUACGGUACGGACAGAAAUACCGAUUACCAGACAAUCUCAACCCCACAAAACCUCCUCAUUCGCACCAGUACAAUCAUCGCAAAAGCCUUCCACCAAUAAAAAUUGUCACGCAAUUGGACAGUUCAAAAACGACCAAACUUAUCACAAUUGGUGCUCAGCGAGUUGUGCUCAAGAUAUAUGUCCGGAUACCAUAUGCAGAUGCGAUGAUGUUAGCGACGAAGAUGGCGCCCCUAAUGUCCCUGAAUGUAUGUCCCAUGGCGUGUUUAAAUCUAACAGUAUGGACCAGUGGUGUAAAACAAAUUGUCAACUGAAAAACUGUCCAGCUUCUCAUUGUACAUGCGCAUAAAUGACAAGACGUUGGACUGUUUCUUUAUACCAUUUAUAUAUUAGACAUUUUUCUUUUUUCCAUGACAUACUAUCCAACAUGUCUAAAUCGCCGUCUUUUCUCUUUUAUUUAUACUUUAUUUUUUAUUUCUUUAUGUAUAUUUUAUUUUUUUUAUUUAUAUUUUUCGCUUAAUAAAAAAUCCCCAAAUUA